AGACUCCCUGCCGUCUAGCCCAACUUCACUGAUCCCAACACCAACUUCUCUUGUUAGCAGCACCAGAGAGUCACCAGAGACGGCCGUGGCGAACAAAACGCAUUUGAUCUAUCCGUGCCAGUAAGCUUUGUUUGUAGCGCUGUGAUCCACCCAGGCAACUGUGGCACGUUCAGUGUCCAUAAGCUGGUAAUGCAGUGAGGCGACGAUGGAGGCGACUGACCGUGCCACAGAGGGCGAUCCUCUGAAGAGGGGCGAGGACGGGGCUGAGGCUGGAACGGCUCCAUCACCAACAGAGCUGAGGAAGAAGAGCUGUAAAGAUGCCUUGGGUUUUGCCAAGUUGUCUCAUUGGCGGACUGCAGUUUUCUUCCUCUCCCUGUUCCUCUGCCUCAUCAUAGUGUUCGCCUUCUCCUUCAUCAUCCCCUGUCCUGUCAGACCACAGUAUGUCAGUGCCUGGAACAGGACGUUCCCCCAAGCAGUCACCUAUGAUUUUCUAGCCAUUCAAGAUGCAAGUAAAGACAAGGUGAUGGAUGUCAUGUUUGUUCUCAAGGACAAGGAAGGCAGCCAGAAUAAUACAUGUACUGAUGAGGGUCUGCUCUCGCCUUGUGUGUUUGUGAUGACAGUAGAUGGGACAAAUGGAGAGACGCUGUGGGAGCGUCCACUGGCACCGGAGUUCCACUGGGCCCAGUGUGGUCUGGAGACAGAGACAGACAGGACCUGGGACUGUCUCCUGUCCCACUCUGACCAGCUCACAGCCAUCGACAAAUACACUGGUGAGAUAAAGUGGCAAAAGGUUCAGCCUCAAAAUUUUCGCAGUGCUGUACCUGUUCUUAGUGUCCCAGAUCUGGAUGGGGACUUGGUCAGUGAUGUGGCUCUAGUGUCACCCGGGAAAGUACAGCUGCAGACACUACUGGUUUUCCUGUCAGGGAAAACAGGUGAUCAGAUUGGUUCAGAGGUCAUCCUCGACUCGGCAGAAACCAUGAGGCAUCUUCUUCAUCCCUCUACCAAAGACUCUGACUAUGUUUUGUUCCAGAAAGACACUGGCUUGUAUGGACUGGCACUUUGGAGGAUUGCUGCCAUGGCUAAAGCAGGGAUGGAACUGGGCCUCAAGAAGAACCAACACUGGGAGAGCAAAGCCAGCGCCACCUCUGGCCUUGUACCUGUCUACGAGUCUGACUCAGUGAGACAAGUGUUACAGACGGGGAAAACACAUGAUCUGUCCAACCUGCUGCUGGUGACUGGAGAGGAAGUCGUAUUACUGGAUGGAAACAGUUUGCAAAAACUAUGGACAUUCAACACCAGCAAAGUCUUCAGUGAGCCCUCCUUUGGUCACUUUAACAAAGAUGGUAUACUUGAUGUCGUGAUUGAGGAAGAUGUUGGCAACAACACAAAGAGGGUUGUGAUUCUGGAUGGGAAGUCAGGUGGUGUGCUGUGGGAAGUCAACCUGCUGGCCAGUCCCAACUCACCCCGACCAGUUUCAGUCAACACCAUCAACUCCUUCUCUGUCUUCAUGUUCUGGGGCGUGCUGCCCUCAGAGACAAACUCUUCUAUGUCAGUGAUUGAUGAUCGGCGUUCAUACAUGCUGCAUCCUCACUAUGCUGAAGUACUUCUAGAGUCAACCAAUGUCAUGGACCACAUCGUUACAUUUAAAGCCACAUUGCUGGAGCGUGGGCGCCACGCUUGCUACAUCCUGCUGACAGGCCCUGAGACGGACGGCGCUGAAGGCACGGUGGUCCUCAGCAAGCGGAAGCUGAAGCAGGACGUGCCUGACAGCAGGGUUCUCCGCAUCGGCAGCGGCGGCAGCUCAGAGACCAGUGACAGCAUCAAAGAGGCCUUCAACAGACUCCGCUUCAAAGAUGAGUGAUAGGACCAAUGGUAAAAUGUGCAGUAUUCCCCUCAGCGCUGCAACCUUUUUGCGUUGCUGACUGUACAGCUGCUUAACUUGAUUUUGAAAACCAAAGUAUAUACACUAGCAAUCAUUACCGUAAAACUGCUGACAACCAAACAAAUUCCUGUGUUUCCUGAGCCUAGGUUGACUUGAUUUGAUAGGACUUUUCCAUAAAUCAUUUGGAACACUAGGCAUUAACUAUCCUCAGACCAUAUCCACUGUUCUUAAAGCUACUGUCUCCUGACAGUCUCACUACACAGACUGUUGCUCUCCUGCUGAGAAAACUAUCAUGAUGACCUGACUUGCUGUAUUAUUUCCUAGCACUUUCAAACAUAAAUGCAAUGCUGGUACCCUAGUGUACUGUCUCUAGGGCUGGGCGAGAUGGCCAAAAAUGUUACCAUGAUAAAAUGCAUUAUUUCAGUCCAUCAAUAAUUAUUUCCAUAUACAUCAAAUAAUUAUUGUACUGUACUUUUUGCUUCUGUGUGAAAUUGGAGCAAUCCAGAAUGCUAAUAAUUGGCAUUUUGAUCAUCUCUUUAAGCCACCAAUGCAACACAGCGUGCAGUUCCUGUGUGCAGUGUGCGUCUCCUCACUCAUGAUCAGGCAUGCCAUCAGACCUUUCUCUAUUCUUGCCACCUGAGCUGUGUUUUAAAUUGAUCUAUGUUUUAUUGAACAUUUUUUUUAAUAUUUAUAUUGAGGAAAAAUAUAUUGCGAUUGUUAUUGUUUGGUUGCCCAGCCCCCGUCUAUCAGAUGGAUCGUGAUUUGGAUCUAUGCAGCCGAUUGUUGUGCAGCAAAAGCAUGCCAAGUAUGCCACUGGUUGUUGCACGAUGCUUGAAAGGCAGAAGAAGAAUGCCAACAGAAAAGGUCACAGUUCCUUUAUAUACUUCAAGCCGCGGUAGCCUUACAGCGUGGUUAUACACUAAGAAGGUUGGAGUUUUCCUUGGGUGAAUUUUCUGGUAAACUUGCCUUACUCUUAUGAAACUGUAAAGUAAAAUGCAGUUGACAUUACAACAGAAAUCCACCAAUCCUCAAGCUGGUUGAGGUAACUAUUUUUGUAGAGGAUCCUGCUUCCAAAAGUAUAGACAAAGAAGUCUUGUAGUCAUGGUACUGUAUCUGACAAUCACGGGACAUUUGUGUCUAUUAGAGGGUACUUGUUCAAUCCAAGAUGCUGUAGCUAGCGAUGUCUUCAACGCACACUCACAGAACUGCAUUGAAGCACUCAACACUGAUGUUAAAAUUUUCAGCAUUAUAUUGGGCUAUUCCUGUCGUUCUGUAUCUCUUUUAAAGGUGUUGUUGUUUUUCCAGUUGUGUAACAUUUAUGGUAUGCCUUUGACAAUUUCUUGGUAAUGAGGUUUGUAUUUUUUUUCCAAACACUAAUAUAUUUAACCUGUGGAACAGACCCCUAUUGGAGCUGGCUUUUCCCUCUGAUUUGACAUUAUUUGUUUGCAUUUGAGCAAUAUUAAACUGUUCCAAAAUAACUAC